UUCACCUGGGUGUUGACUGUUCCUGACAACUGGGAUGAUUCAGCUGAACAGUUCAUGAGAGAAGCAGCAUCUCAGGCAGGUAUCAUCACAGACAUAAAUCAACUGGUCAUUGCAUUGCAUUCAGAAGCAGCUUUAUCCUGGUGUAUGAAGCUUCCAAGUGAGGGUUUCAUCGGAGGGAACAGAGAACAGUGUAGAAUGGAUCGAUCUCCAAGGACACGAUACAUUGUUGUUGUUUGCGAAGAGGAUAUCGUCCACAUCGCUGUAUAUGAAGUCCUGAAAGCAGGAGAACUGAAAGAGCUGCAAAGAGCUUCUUAUAAAGAUCUGGGGGAAAAAACUGUGGAGAGAAACUUUAUAGAGUUCAUGAGGCAAAUAUUCUCUGAUGGAAUCUGGGAUGAAUAUGAAAGAAAGUAUCCCAAUGAGGUUCAGAGGAUUCUUAAUGAUUUUUCCAUAUUUUGCAGACAAGAGCAAUAUGUACUGCUCACUUGUCCACUUAAUCUGGGCAGGCUGCCUAAAAGGCGACAGAACAUAGAGAAGUUCUUUGAAACAGUAGAAGGAGCAUCCUGGGAUGAAGGUACGAUCAUAAUCUCGGAACAGAAACUGAGGUCGUUUUUUGCCCAUAGCCUGCAGGGCAUCACUCACAAUCUUAGAGAAAUCUUAAACAAAGAUUUCAACAUUAGUGGCAUUUUGUUAGUGGAAAAAUAUGCUGACAGUGACAUUUUAAGGAACCACAUUAUUGAAGAAUUUAUAGAUGUUUGUAAAGUUCUGUCUCCAUUUAGGCCCGAAGGCGUAAUCAUUAAGGGAGCUUUAGAGAUGGGGGUAUACGGGGGAAGGAUCUCUUGUCUCAGAAGUGCCUUCACUUAUGGAAUUGGUGUCUCUGAAAGGUUUGAUGAGUUAAAGCACAGUGAAGACAGGGCAUUUACCAACAAAAAUGGUAAAUGGUGUGGAGGCCUUUUCAUCAAACUAGUUGAAGUUGGUGAACAAGUUAGCACGAAAAAACCCAUAGAGUUCACUAUUGAUCCAGUAGAAUCAGAUCAGAAAAUCAUGAACUUUUAUUUCUAUCGCACAAAAAAGAAAUGUCCAAAGUAUGUGACUGAAGAGGGAGUGGAGGAAAUUCGUUGUUUUUUUCUUACUUCACCAAAAACUGGAUGUGGACGCAGUCGGGAGAUAAAGCUCAGGAUUGAGUUUGGAAACAUGGAAAUGAAAGCAACAGCUAAAGACCUACUUUCAAAAUCAGAAACAUCCACUGUAUUUGACUUUCUGAGUGAAUGA